AUGGUAUUAGAUAAUAAUAAAGCAACUGUAGAGGAUCGUAAGGUUAAAAUUACGGUAGAUGAAACCGAUCCAAACAAGGUUACCACAACAAAGACUACUACAACCACCACAACCUCUGCUACCGAUGGUGCACCACCACUACCACCAAGAACAUCUACUUCAACUUCACCUAAACUAAAGGAAGAGGUCAAAGAAGGAACCGAACAAUUAAAGGAAGACGCCUCUGUCGCUGGAGAAAAGACUAAAGAAUGGUUCAAGGAAGCUGGUAGAACCAUCGCUGAAGAUAUCAAGGAAGGUUAUCUAGACAUCAAGAGAGAUCUCAGAAAGCUUGGUGAUAAUGCUAGCACUGGUAGACGUGGAGAUUAUCAUUAA